AUGGGCGACAAAGGAAGUGAUUAUCUGGCAACAGCAAUUUUAAGAGAUAAAGAACGUCCAAAUCGGCUCAUAGUUGAAGAAGCUGCCAAUGAAGACAACUCUGUUGUCUGCCUAUCUCAGGCAAAAAUGGAUGAGCUGCAACUUUUCCGCGGUGACACUGUUCUCUUAAAGGGUAAACGACGAAGGGAAACAGUUGUUAUUGUGCUCUCUGAUGAUACUGUGUCUGAUGAGAAAAUCCGAAUCAAUAGAUGUGUUCGUAACAAUCUGAGAGUUCGUCUUGGGGAUGUAGUUAGCAUUCAGUCCUGUCAAGAUGUGAAGUAUGGCAAAAGAAUUCAUGUCCUCCCCAUUGAUGACACCGUGGAAGGCCUUACUGGAAACCUCUUUGAAGUUUAUCUUAAACCAUACUUUUUGGAAGCUUAUCGACCUGUUAGAAAAGGAGAUAUCUUUUUGGUUCGAGGCAGUAUGCGUGCUGUGGAAUUCAAAGUGAUAGCUACUGAUCCAAGCCCUUACUGUAUUGUGGCCCCAGCCACUGUUAUUCACUGUGAAGGUGAACCAGUCAAAAGAGAGGAUGAGGAAGAAGCCUUGAAUGAGGUGGGCUAUGAUGACAUUGGUGGAUGCAGGAAACAACUGGCUGCCAUCAAGGAAAUGGUUGAAUUGCCUUUACGUCAUCCACAACUCUUUAAGGCAAUUGGUGUCAAGCCUCCACGUGGAAUCCUCAUGUAUGGUCCUCCUGGUACUGGUAAAACUCUGAUUGCCAGAGCUGUUGCUAAUGAAACUGGAGCUUUCUUUUUCUUGAUCAAUGGUCCUGAAGUAAUGAGUAAAUUGGCUGGUGAAUCUGAAAGCAAUCUAAGGAAAGCUUUUGAAGAAGCAGAGAAAAAUGCUCCAGCCAUCAUCUUCAUUGAUGAAAUUGAUGCCAUUGCACCUAAGCGAGAAAAAACUCAUGGAGAAGUUGAAAGACGCAUUGUAUCUCAGCUGUUAACCUUGAUGGAUGGUUUGAAACAGCGUUCCCAUGUUGUUGUUAUGGCAGCUACUAACCGCCCAAACAGUGUUGACCCUGCACUAAGACGUUUCGGUCGUUUUGACAAAGAGGUAGAUAUCAAUGUUCCAGAUGCUACUGGACGUCUGGAGAUCCUGCGAAUUCACACAAAAAAUAUGAAGUUAGCCAACGAUGUUGACCUGGAACAGAUUGCACAAGAGACUCAUGGCCAUGUGGGUGCUGAUUUAGCUUCUCUCUGCUCUGAAGCUGCUCUCCAACAAAUCAGAGGUAAAAUGGAUUUGAUUGAUUUGGAUGAUGAAACUAUUGAUGCUGGUGUCCUCGACUCAUUGGCAGUAACAAUGGAAGAUUUUAGAUGGGCUCUUGGUAAGAGCAAUCCAAGUGCUCUAAGAGAAACUUCUGUAGAAGUUCCAUCUGUUUCCUGGGAUGAUAUUGGUGGAUUGGAGCAUGUUAAGCGAGAGCUGCAAGAACUUGUACAGUACCCAGUGGAGCAUCCUGAUAAAUUUGUCAAGUUUGGCCUAACUCCAUCUAAAGGAGUUCUAUUUUAUGGACCACCUGGUUGUGGUAAAACACUGCUGGCAAAGGCUAUUGCAAAUGAGUGUCAAGCCAACUUUAUUUCCAUCAAAGGUCCUGAGCUACUUACCAUGUGGUUUGGUGAGUCAGAGGCUAAUGUGCGUGAUAUCUUUGACAAGGCUCGCUCGGCAGCCCCUUGCAUUUUGUUCUUUGAUGAAUUGGAUUCAAUUGCUAAAUCUCGUGGCGGCAAUAUUGGUGAUGGAGGUGGUGCUUCUGAUCGUGUUAUAAACCAGUUGCUUACAGAAAUGGAUGGUAUGAAUGCCAAGAAGAAUGUAUUUAUCAUAGGCGCUACCAACAGACCAGACAUUAUUGAUACUGCCAUAUUGCGACCUGGGCGUCUUGACCAGUUGAUAUAUAUUCCAUUGCCUGAUGAAAAGUCUAGGGUUCAGAUUUUGAAAGCUACUCUUAGAAAAUCUCCAGUAGCCAAGGAUGUUGAUGUUGAUUUUCUAGCUAAGAAGACAAAUGGUUACAGUGGAGCAGAUUUGACCGAGAUUUGUCAGCGUGCUUGCAAGUUAGCUAUUAGACAAUCCAUUGAAGCUGAAAUCAGAUUAGAGAAGGAACGUAACCAGAACCCUGAUAAUGACAUGGAAGUGGAAGAUGAUGUUGAUCCGGUGCCUGAGAUUCGCAGGGACCAUUUUGAAGAAGCAAUGAAAUUUGCUCGUCGUUCAGUGAAUGAAAAUGAUGUCAGGAAGUAUGAAAUGUUUGGAAAAACAUUGCAACAGAGCAGAGGAUUUGGAAAUGAUUUCAGGUUCCCAGGCCCAACAGGUGGAUCGGCUGGUGGUCCAAGUCAACCAUCUGGUUCUAGUAGCAAUAAUGCAAAUGCAUUUGCUGAUGACACUGAGGAGGAUCUCUAUGAUUAG